AAAUAGUUUUUAAGAUAAACCGGUAGGGCAUGUAAAGUUUUUGUUAAAUCAUCUUCUUUUUUUGACAAUGUUUACAUUAUGGUCAGUAAUAAUGCUAGUAAACACUGUUGGUGGCGUAAUCGAAAUAGCUGAUUUCUAUCCGUACGGGAGUGCAACAGAUGAUCAAAUGUUAGCACGCUUAGAUGAUGCAUCGACUAUGAUAAGCAUAUCAUUCGAGUAUCCAUUCUUUGGUUCUUUUUACCAGGAAGUGUAUUUAAGUACAAACGGCAUAAUAACUUUUGGAGCUCCUAAUAGAGAGUAUGUACCAAGACCGUUCCCGUCGCCUAUAAUUCAAAGUGUGGCAACAUAUUGGACUGACAGUGAUCCUUCAAAAGGAGGAAAUAUUUUCUAUAAAGAAACAACAAAUAAAACUAUUCUCCAAAAAAUUUCUGAAGAAAUAAAGUAUCGUCUUGUCAGUUAUAGUCAAUUUAAUGCUGAGUGGGCGCUAAUUGUCACUUUUGAGCGAGUAAAGCCAUAUGCUUGCGGAUGUAAUUCCUCAUGUUCUAGUUAUGUAACAUACCAAACAAUUUUAACUAGCGAUGGAGUUAACUCAUUUGCAAUUUUCAACUUUAAUCAGCUUGGCUAUUUUACCGGAGCAGGUGGAUGCUCAGGUUUUGCUCAAGUGGGAUUCAAUGCAGGCGAUGGAAAAAGAUUUUUUAUCAUGCCGAAUUCCAACACCGCUGGAAUAUCAGAAUUUGCGCUUUUUCAAAGCAACGUCGGAGUGCCUGGAAAAUGGAUAUUUUCAACUGAUAGUAAUAACAUUAUUGAACAGUGUAACACAAAAGGUCAGCUAGAAAUAUUUCCAAGGAAAGUACUUUAUUUUGGGGCUUGCGAAAUAAGGAUAUCGGGUGUUUGUUACAAGGAAAAUAACUUGAACGUUUCAGUUUUGAUUGAUGACGUUUCAGUUCAAUGCUUCUUUGGACAAUGGCAAAAUUUGCACUGUAGAAUCCCAUUUCUCAAAAGACUGGGAAAAAUUGAUAUCUUUUUAAAAUACAAUUCAAUAAAGUAUAAGAGCUUUAUAGUAUCCGUAGAAAGAGAUGACAGAAUGGUAGUUGAAAACAUAAUCAAGAUUCAAUCUGAAUCAAACGUAGACGGAAAUUUUUCAUUAGAGUGGGAUCCCGCAAAUGAUGAUCAGCAAAGUAUUGAGUUUUCAGGGUAUCAGAUUGAUCAUUAUAUCAAUAAUCAGGGAAGUAUUGUUUUAGAAAAUAUAACUGCUAUACAAUAUGGUAAUUUUCCCAACAAUGGAAAAGUCGUUUUGCAACCCACUGUAAGACCAAGUUUUCAAACAAAUGAUCAAAUCCAAAUAAUUAGAAGUAUUUUAUUAGCAGGUUACUUUACUCCUACGUCUGUUGUUGUAGCCAUGGUUAUAAAAACAACGAAUUCAACAGCUAAAUUACAUUGCACUAAUUGGUAUAAUAGUCAAUCAUCAACUUCAGAAAUAAGAAGAAUUGUUGAAGAUUUAAAUAUAAGAAAACCUUGUUUGCCGGCAAUCCCUCCAAACAUUCCAAAUAAAAUAGACAAUUACGUUAUAGAUGAAUUUUGUAAUCCAAAAAAUGUAAAAAAUAAGGUUAUGUGCGAAUUGUUUCAUAAUGGAGCAAAGGCGUGUUAUAGAAGCACAAAAAAUGAAGGAGAUCCAGUUGUCGAAUGCUGCUACACAAAUGAUUACAAAUUAUUAUUAGGAAAACCUGCUGGUGGAACUCUUGGUUUUGGUGAUUUAGAAAUAAAUACAAUAGGUCAUUUCAAAAAAGAUCUACUGCCUUUUUUUACUUGUUGCAAAAUAGGAGUUAACCAGUGUGAUAAAUAUUAUGAAAAACGACCUAGUAUAAAUCCUCGACCCAUAAGACCGGUAAUACCCAGAAACGCAAAUGGAGAUCCUCAUUUUACAACAAUGGACGGAACUUCUUAUAGUUUUAACCCAAUUGGCGAAUUCGUUUACCUGACAACUCAAAAUGAAUCUGAUAUUAUUCAGUCACGAAUUUCUCAAUAUAUUGAUAAUACAGGCAUUAAAAAAAAUGCUAGCAUUUUUUCUGGAUUUGCAAUUAAAGGAAACGAUUCCGAUAUUAUUCAAAUAGAAUUAAAUAACAAGCAGACAUUUGUGUUCAUUGUUAACGGACAGUCAUUGAAUUUGGAUUUUGGAUUUUGGAAUUUUAAUGGAAUUAGUUUAAGUUACGAAAACAAUGCAACUGUUGUAGUUCAAACCAAUUCAGGUAUUACGCUUGAAAUAAUUUCUCUUGAUAAAGCGCUUCAUACCAUUUUAACUUUAUCAGACACGUUCAAAAAUCGAAUUAGUGGUUUAAUAGGAGACUGGGACGACAACUCAAGCAACGAUCUUAAGUUACCAAACGGAUCAUUUAUUUCAAGAAACUCAUCAAAUUAUAAUAUACACUUCAAUUUUGGAAUGCUUUGGUCAACUUCAAAUAAAACAUCUUUGUUUACAUAUCCUAACGGUCUGUCAUGGUUAGAUUAUCAAGAUCAACGCUUUGUUCCUGAUUUUUCAACUCCAAUCGAUUACCCACAAUGCAAUGGAAGCAAAGCCUGUAAUUAUGAUAUACAAGUUACCGGUAAUAUAGAAUUUGGAAUGAGUAACUUAGUUAUACUUAAGAGAACGUUUGAUUUAAAACAAACCUACCAAAACAUAGUUCAAAUAUGCCCUACUAAUAUUAGCGUACUAAAUGGCAACGUCGAAGUAAAACUAAACGGAAGUUCAGUGCAAUACUCUCUAAUCUGUAAAGAUGGGUUUAAUGUCACUGGCAAUAAAAAUUCAACCUGCGUGUCGGGUAUAUACACUCCGAUUGGUUUUUGUGACUUGUACUCUAACUUUAGCAAAAGACUUAUUUUUACUUCAAGUCUUUUGAUUGGAUCUUUGAUUGGGUGUUUGAUAUGCAAUUAUUUGUUUCUAAUAUAAUUUUUUUUUUUAUGUUGCCAUUCAAUAAACAUAAUUUUUGUGUAAUGAACUUUUAUUUUUAAAAAACCUUAAUUUUUGCUGAAAAAAAAGUUGAUAAAAAAUACUUUUCGUUCUCUUAAAAAAACUCUUAUGCUCUUUUGCGAAGUUAUUUUGGCCUCGACUUUUUGAAAAGUUUGAGUUAUUGAUUUUGUUAUGAACUGCGGAACACAGAUUUUUUUACUGUAUUGAAAUUAAAGUUUUAAAUAAUUUUUUAGUAGAGAAAUUUUGUCAUCUAAAUAUUUUUAUAGAACCUCCUCAUGUAUUUAUUGUAUAAACCGUUUUUUUUAAAAACUCUAAAAGGUGCAAGUAGAA